AUGUCCCGCAUAUUUAUAACAGGAGCAACAGGCUACAUUGGCGGCGACGUCCUGUAUGCCCUCACACAGGCACUUUCCUCGUGCAAGAUCACGGCCCUCGUCCGCAGCAAGAAGAAGGCAUCCCUUAUCACGAGCAAAUUUCCAUCUGUGAUCCCAGUCAUUGGAGAUCUUAAUUCCGCGGCGCAGAUUGCGAGCGAGGCUUCGAAGGCUGAUGUUGUGCUUCACCUAGCGAGCUCGAACCAUUUCCCCAGUGCUACUGCCAUUGCGCAGGGCUUGACAGAGACGCAGCGCCAAAGUCCAGUUUGGAUCCAAAUCUCGGGCGCGAGCCUCCUCUCUGGCGCGGAAGUUGCAACAAGUUCCUAUGGCCAAGCACGGGCCCAAAACCACAACGACCUGCAAGGCAUUAGCGAAAUCCGAAAGAUCAUCUCUUCAUCACCCAAGCGCGCCGUCGAUCAGAUGCUCCUAAAUUUCUCCUCAGAACAGCCUAAUGUCCGAACAGCGAUUAUUUACGGGCCAUUGAUCUAUGGCCUGGGCCGCGGUCCAGUCAAUCAGCGCAGCAUCCAGCUACCUGAUCUGGCGAAGGAGACUCUUCGACUUGGACAUGGAGUUCAGGUCGGGAAGGGUCUGAGCUGUUGGAGUAAUGUUCACAUUGCGGAUUUGUCGAACUUGGUUGUGAGGUUGGUUCAGGAAUCGGAGGACCGUCAAGGAAGGAAUCCUUUGUUGUGGAAUGAGAAUGGCAUUUACUUUGCGGAAAACGGAAAGAUGCCAUUCGGGGAGAUUUCGAGAAGAGUAGCCGCAUUUGCUUUCCAAAACGGCUUCACGAGAAGCACAUAUGUUCAGGAAAUCGACGCCGAGACUGCAGACAUAUUGACCGCACACGGUGCCUUGCUAGGCUGGAAGCCGGCUGGUCCCAGCAUUGAAGAGGUGAUCCCCAGAGCUGUUAUGGACGAAGCCUUGCGGCUUAGAUCUCAUGCUAAGAUCUAG